CAACGUAAGAGCCAAUAGAAUUUUAUCUAGUGACGCCAUUAAGGCUGAAUUCGUGGCACGCCCUACGACUUCCUCUAUUGUCCUUCUUUCCGGGAUUCUCUACAAGGAAGGAUGGCGCAGAACAAUUAUUUCGGAUUUACUCACGGCGGAACUCAAUAUGGGGCGACCAGCGCCGCCGCCUAUCAAACAGGACAAGCGGGAUACGCAGUGACGCCAGCGGCUACAGCCGCCACAUACACUCAACGACCUGCAGCAGCUGCAGCUACUGGUUACGAAACUUAUCAAGCGGCCGCUGCUGCAGCCGCCACUGGCACUACAUACGCCGCAAAUCCUGGUACUGUGGCGCAGACGUACGACUACGGAUACGGACGUGCUGCACCGGCUGCAACUUACGACGCAACUAAGACGUAUUAUCAGCAACCAGCAGCUGCACCGGCAACUUAUACGACAACAGAAACUCAUUAUCAGGCAGCAAAGCCGGCGUACAGCACGACAAGUGCUUACACAGGAGCUCCUCGACAGGCGACAACAACUGGUCAGGCGAAAACUUACCAAGCCUCGAGUACUGCUUACCAACAGUCGAAUCCAACUCAAAGUGCAACAUAUUCUUCGGGAUAUACUGCACCACCAACGCCAGCUGCUACUCCGUCCGCGGCGACAAAUAAAACGGCGAGUACAGCUUACUCUGGCUACGACGCGGCGCUCUACAGCGCUGCGACCAUGUAUGUAGCCCAGCAGACUGCGAAUACAAAUUCCACCAAUCAAAAAACGGGUGGUUGGCAAGGCUACGGACGUAAAGGAUUUGGAUCUGGUGGCGGUGGAAUGAAGCAAAUGCGUCCAAAACAACCCCCAAAGCCCCAACAAUUACAUUAUUGUGAUGUUUGUAAGAUAAGUUGUGCUGGACCACAAACAUAUCGGGAGCAUUUGGAGGGUCAGAAGCACAAGAAGAAGGAGGCAUCAUUGAAAGUUCCACAGCAACCGCCAGCGAGAGGCGCCGGUAAUUCAUUGCGUUGUGAACUUUGCGACGUCACUUGCACCGGAAAUGAUGCUUACGCUGCACACAUUCGUGGCGCUAAACAUCAAAAGGUCGUUAAACUACAUACAAAACUUGGAAAACCAAUUCCAAGCGCCGACCCAACUGUUCUCAAUCCAAAACCAGCGGCUGCUGCUAAAACAACAGGAAAGAAAGGCACGGUCACGGCUACUCCUAAAAUCAACUUUGUUGCUUCGGGAAAUCUUGGAACCGUUAAUCAAGCUGCGGCCGAGGUGAAAAUUGAGGAUGGCGCUGACGACGGAGGUGACGACGCAAAUAUUGACGAAAAAGAUAUUCAACCAGUCGGUCAAGAAUACAUCGAGGAGAAUAAAUCUGAUGAUGGUAAAAUCAUUAGUUUCAAUUGUAAAUUGUGCGAGUGUCGUUUCAAUGAUCCAAAUGCAAAGGAUAUGCAUAUGAAGGGUCGUCGUCAUAGAUUCGCCUAUAAGAAGAAAGUAAAUCCAGAUCUUGUUGUCGAUAUGAAACCAAGUCUGAAGCAAAGAAAAAUGCUUGAGGAGAAAUUGCGUAGACAACAAGUGAGAGAGGAAUACAUGCGUCGUCGUGAGGAAAUGAAUCAAAUGGGACCAAUGGGACCGAUGUGUCCAAUGAUGGACGAGGAAAUGAUGUACUGGGAAGAGAGACGUCGUUACGAAGAGGAAUGCGAAUACUAUGAAUGGUAUCGUCGCUACGGUCGUGGACCUGGUGCUCCACCAAUGCCAAGACCAUUCCCUGGACCACCUCCAAUGAUGAUGUUCCCAGGACCACAGAGACGUCCCGAUUCGUCUGAUGAUAAGCAUGUUCUCUCUCAUCAUUCGACCAUUUAUCCCAAGGAGGAGGAACUGCAGGCAGUUCAGAAAAUUGUCUCACACACGGAAAAAGCAUUGAAGUUUGUCUCAGACACACUUGCUGAAGGUGGUAAGAAACCAGGUGCUGCAAAUAAUACAGCGGCCGUGGCGUCUACGCCAGCUGCCGCGGCUGCUGAGGCGAAAAAAGAGGACGUUGAUAAGAAGAAGAACUCAACACCCCCGCAGAAGGAGGACGGAAGCGAUGGUAAUCUAUUCUCCUUUCAAAAGGAGAAGGAGGACUCGCGAAUUCUUCGCGGUGUCAUGCGCGUUGGAAAUCUCGCUAAAGGUCUCCUUCUCUCCGGUGACAAUCACGUUUGCCUCGUCGUUCUUUGCGCUGAGAAACCUACUAGAACAUUACUAAACAAAGUUGCGGAAAUAUUACCAGCUCAAUUAAAGACAGUCGCUCCAGAGGAUUCAUACAAUGUUGGCAAACAUCCGGAAUCAGCUGCUUUGACAGUUUCUGGAGGAUCCGUAACUGUCAGUAUAACAUUAACAAGUCCAUUGAUGCGCGAUACAACAAAAGCAACACCCGCAGAUAAUGCUGGACAGCAGCAACAGGGAGCUGCUCAACCACAAACGACGCCCGCUACGCCAACUGUGACCAAACCAGAUCCGCCAGACGUACUUCCCAAGGCUAAGUGUUUGGAGGCUUUAGCUGCACUCAGGCAUGCCAAGUGGUUUCAGGCUAGAGCAACCUCAUUGCAGAGCUGCGUAAUGGUUAUACGCAUAAUGCGUGAUCUGUGCAACCGUGUACCAACUUGGGGACCGUUAAAUCCAUGGGCAUUGGAAUUGUUGACGGAGAAGGUGAUAAGCACCGCUGGUGGUCCAUUGAGUCCAGGAGAAGCUUUAAGACGAUUAUUGGAAUGUGUCGCCGGAGGAAUUUUACUUCCUGGAGGUCCAGGAUUGUCCGAUCCUUGCGAAAAGGAUCCAAUUGAUGCAAUAGGAACUAUGACUGCCCAACAAAGGGAAGAUAUAACUUCCUCGGCGCAGCAUGCACUCAGGUUAGUGGCAUUCCGACAAAUUCAUAAAGUCCUUGGUAUGGAACAACUUCCGCCACCCAAAUAUAAGGGACGUUUCGCUCGCAAACGAAGACGCGACAAUAGUAAUGGCGAGGGAACGGACAGCGAGACUUCGAAAAAGGACAAGAAAGCCGAAGAAGUCAAAAUGGAGACGGAUUCUAAGUAGAUUCCUACCAAAACAUUCAAUUUUACUGAUUAAGUAUAACUUAUCUAAACGUAAGAAGAAAUUCUCAAGCAUUCAAUGACCUGGUUAAUAUUAUUUAAAAAGUUCAAAAGUUGUUUAUUUCUUUUUCUUUAAAAAAAAUGAUAUAGAGAAAAAAAUGAUUUGAUUUGAUUUGAUUCUCGACGACAAUGUUUGGAAAUUUUUUUAACAUUUUUCGUUUAUCUUUGACAAUUUUUAAUUCCUCUUUUAUAAUUCUGUGUAAUACUUCUAUAUUAUUGUCUAAUCAAUUAUUAUCUCUUUUUUUGAAAAUAAAAGAAAAGAGAUAACUAUAAUUUUUGUUUGUCUUUUUUUUUCUUGUUUAAUUGAAUCGAAAGAAAGGUAGACUGAAUAAAUAACUAUUAUAAAAAGUUAUUGAACCCCCUCUCUUCUUAAAAAACAGGUCAUUGUGGCAGAAAUAAAAAUCUAGUUCUAGGAAUUCCUCGAAUGAAUUGAUAGAGAAUGCAUUGAGUAGUUUGGAUUACGUAUUAAGCAAUUAAUCUACUUUAAAAAAAAGGAAGUUGUAAUCGAAGGAUAUAAUUUGUGAAUUUUUUUUUUUGAAAAAGCAAAGCUUAGAGACCACAUUUGUAUCGAGACUUCAUAUGUGUAUGUUGUGUGUGUAGUCGUACAGAAAUGAAAAAGAAAAGCAAAAAAAAAAGAAAAAAAGAAACGUUUGCUAUUAAUAAUUUUUCAACGCAUAAUUUUAGUAAUUUCGGAAACGAAAUUUGCUUGCAAGAUUUUUAAAUAAAAGUUUGUCAUCGAGUUUUCUUUUCCAGUUAAAGUUUAAACUUUCAAUAAUUUGCCAUUAGUCUAAACAGUCGUUUUUUUAAAAUAGUUCUUCGACAUACGGUGUAUUUUUUUUGCUCUUGUAUUUGCAACACUUGAAUAAACCAAACGUGUAUAAUA